GUCAUGAAGUCUAAGAAUUAAGGUAAAUUUAUUUGUUGAUUAACUUUUUCAUAUGAGUGAACGAUACACAGAUUAUACAAAUACAGCUUAAACUUGACCAAUUGUUUAUCAUAAAUUAUUAAUGUGUCACCCAUCCGCUGCUGAGCGGAUGACUGAUAAUGAUAUUAACCUUCAUGAAAAAUAUUUAAAGACUCGAUGCCAGUAGUCAAGCAUAGUUAGCAUUAAAAUAUACAAAACGUAAUUAUUUAGUGACCUGAUUUAACAAAAUAUGAUGGUGGACUUAUGUAGGUGUAUUAUUUGUUUAAUCACUAUUCUGGUCAGAGGAGGUGAAUCCCUCCAAUGUUGGUCAUGUUCUUCUAUCUAUGAGCCGGGCUGUGACGAUCCGUUUAAGCCCAACGAUCUUACGGCGGGAGCAGAGUAUUUUCUGUUCGACUGCAACCACAAUUAUAUAAAUGGAAGUAUGGAGGACCAGGAACUCAUGGAACAUGUAUUCGGUACUGACGCAAAACCCUAUUGCAGAAAAACAGUUCGUCAAGUAUAUGGGAUAACCAUCGUUCAUCGCGGAUGCUCUUUCGGUGACUUUUCUAAGGACUGUUCAAAUGGCCACAGCACCUGCGAUAGCACAGCCUGCUACGAAGACGGCUGCAACGCGUCCACAAUCCUCAGCCGAAUUACCUUGCUGUUUACACCUAUUAUUACAUUAUCACUCUUGUGUUAAAUUAAAAUACAUUCCAAUAAGCCGCAGACACUAAACAAAAUUAAAGAAAGCAAGUAAAAUUCCUAUAGUAAAUAAGUUAAUGGUCGAUAUAUCAAACAUACUUACCAGAGCCUGAGCUUUAGUAAAAUAGGGCUGUCAUAUAGUAGGUGCCAAAUUAAGUAUGAAACCUAAGUGAUGUUAUGUUGCUUUUAUUUAUUCGUAUGGCAUUUACAGAGUCGCUUAAUUAUAAAUUAUAAUACAAUAUCUAAGUUCUUCACCCAUUGGGCAGCGUUUGUAUCAGGUGAGUGAAGAUCUAGGGCCUCUCCAAUUUCCGUAUCGGGCAAUUAUGUGUAAUGUGGUGUAUAGUCUGCACUGGGGCCCCGCAGUCGCAUGAUGCUGGUGAGUCUUGCCAACCACACUUAAACAAGUAGUCCGCACAGCGUCCAUGUUGGAUACGGAGUCUGUCUAAUUGGCAUCAUUCCUUCCUAGAUGCUGAAAAGCCAUACGGCUUUCUGGUAGGGUCGUACCUACGAUAUUUAGGCUGGGCUUUGGCAGGUUGGAUUUCCACUCAUCUUUCCAAGUGUCUUUUAUAUUGAAUCCGCCUUGCGUCAGGUUUUGAGCGGAGGAGGAGAGGUUUUGAUAGGGCGGGUGUCGAGACUUCAGACGAUGCUGUGGUAGAUUAAGGAAUUCCUGGCGGAUCGGCAGAUUCGGGUCGCUGUGAAUUUUGUUCGCUUCUUUUACCAGUGCCAGUAGACGACAGUCUAAGAUGAGGUGGAGGGAUGUGGCUUAGGGCUGGGAGCCAUUGUAUGGGUGUGGAUUUGACCGUACCUGAGAUACAUCUCAUAGUAUUACGCAGUUGCACAUCAACUUUCUCUGUGUGAGCACUAUUGAGCCAGACUGGUGCGCAGUAUUCGCCAGCAGAAAGCUCAGCCCAGUUGUACGAAGAACGUCCGCUUUUGCACCCUAAGUAAUGCCAGUUAAUUUGUGGAGUAUUUUGUUCCGAGUCCCAAGUUUUUUGCUCAGCUUUUGAAGGUGGGGGCCGAAAGUAAGUGAGCGGUCCAGGGUCACACAAAGAUAUUUAGGGUGCGGGUUGAAAGGUAAUAUUUCACCAUCAAAUGCUACCGUUGGGAUAGAAGCAGCUUGUUUGUUGUUGAGGUCGCGUCGAAACUUUCGUUUUGCUGGCAUUAGGAACAAGACGCCAUUUCUUAAAGUAUUCAUUUAGAGAACCUUAAUCUUUGUUGAGCUGUUCUUCAGAUACCUCGAAUGUCUUGUGCUGGUGCGCAAUGGUGAUAUCAUCGGCAUACACACAUUUCCUAGAGACUGUUUUGGGUAGGUCAUAAGUAUAUAGAUUAAAGAGCAAUGGCGCCAGCGUGGAUCCCUGUGGUAACCCAUUGUUUAAGGUUCUAAGGCGACUCUGUUUAUCUCCUAGAUGGACUACAAGUUCCCUGUUCCUCAGCAUAUUGUCAAUCAGUCUAACAAUUUUACGACACGCGACAGCUUUCAUCAACUUAUAGUAAAGUGCCUGUUUCUAUACGGUAUCGUAGGCUGCACUUAAGUCAAUAAAAGCAGCUACGGUUUUCAAGUUCUUCUGGUAGCCAGAUUCUAUGUGCGUUGUGAGAGACAGCACUUGAUCCGUGCAGUUACGUCCAGUUCUAACCCCUGCUUGUUCGACGGGGACUAUGCGAUCAAUGAGAGGGGUGAUCCUAUUCGAAAUUAGUUUUUCCAGGAGCUUGAAUAAUGCACUAAGUAAUGCGAUAGGUCUAUAGCUUUUCGAGUCUUCGGCUGGUUUAUCGGGUUUUAAGAUGGCUAUUAUCUUGGCAUGUUUAAAGCCUGGUGGCAGCGUGUUUCUUUCUAAUAUGUCCGUGUUGAAAGCAACCAACCGCUUGCGGCAGUUGGCGCCUAAGUUCUUAAUUAAUUCAUUGUAAACGCCAUCUUCUCCUGCAGCUUUGCCCAAGUUAUGUUGCUGUUUUACUAGAACAAUUUUUAUUAUUCUUUGACCGUUGACCGUUGACGUUAAACUAAGUACAUUUCAAUACAUUUAAAUAACAGCAGUACUCUUACUACUCUGUCUGUACGGUUUGCUUUUUUUAAUAUUCUGGUUUUUAUAAGAACUAGAUUACUGCAAACAACGUUAAAAAUGGAAAAAAAAAUGCGCCGUAAACAGACGCCUAGCAUACAAAUUUGGCAAGAUUAAACGCAAAAAUCUAAACGAUAGGAUACAGAUUUCCUUUAUCAUUUCGUUCCCAAAAUUUCGUUACGAUUAAUUAAGUUUUGGAGGAGGAAAAUGUCGAGAACGAAACCUCGAUUUCUGAAAUUUUUACUCGUACACAGGAUUUUUCGCCUAAGCUGCAGUUGUCCAUAUCGCACUUGGAGCCGCCCCCGUCAGCGCGACGGAGAUAUUUAGGCACCUAAAAUUCUCAAAUCAGGGCUCUGCUAGUAUUUCCUCUUAAGAAAUAAAAUAUGAAAUCAAUUUAGUCUAGUACGAGUAAAUGCUUUUACUAUCGAUUUAAACUUAAAAAAAUAAAACCCAGUCACGGAAAAACCCGACAAAUUUCAAUAGAGAGUAAGUACAUAAUAGAAGGUGGGGAGGGUGGAUCCCUAGGGCACACUUCAUUUUAAAUUUAACCAAACGUGAUACACUUUUUUACGCUUGGAACACUCAUUUAUUCGUUCCUAACUUCACUUUCUGUCAUGGCGCUCUUUCGAAAAAGUCAGCGGUUUGAAAAUGGCGGACGGUGAAAGAAUUACUGCGUAUUAUAUUAAAUCUUCGGUAGGUUGUAACUGGAUUUAUUUAAUAAAAUGAGAUGGAAAUGCUGUUAGUGAGUAUGCUUAUUUUAUUUAAUGUUUAUUGAAGUGUUGAUUAACACAAGAUUCAAGUACGGCACGUUUUAUAAUCUCACUAUGUAUGGGGAGACUUUGUUAUUUUUGGGGGAGAUAUGAUUCCAGGAUCAUGUCACCCCAAACCCUAAAACUGUACCUUGCAAUCAAUUAAUAUCACAAAUACUUAUUUUCUUUUCUUUAGGAAACCAUGCUGUAAAAGUAUACGACCAGAGAAACACUGAUUUAAACUUUGAAUACUUUUGACUCAUUAUUGUUUACUAAACCGAGAUUUAAUUUGAUACCUAUAACUUUAAACAUUAUCAUUAUAGGUAACUAAGGUCUAACAAAAAUAAUCUUAAGUCUUUGCGUAUACUACUUGUUUACUUCUUAGACGGCCCGGCAACGGCCGCAGUCCAGAUGCUAAGAAAUUGUUCACUAUUCAUCCUUUGUUUACCUUGUCGUCAUGUUAAAAAUGAAGUUACAAAAAUCUUGGAAUACAAAUAAAUAAAUACCUUAGUAAAAACGUAAUAAUAAAUAAGUGCCAGCACGGAUUCCAGAAGGGUAAAAGUACUGACACACUCUUAGCGAGUUUCACUGACGAAGUUAACACCUACUUGGCUAAUAAAAAAGUAGUCGUGGCAGUGUUUUUCGAUUUUAGUAAAGCGUUUGAUACCUUAGAGACCAGCACAGUACCUUACAGGCCAUGAGUGAGUGUGGGGUGAGAGAGCCGCUGAAUCAAUGGUUCCGCGACUACCUUACCGGACGCUCGUAUCGUGUGCAGGUGGGCUCGGCGCUCAGCGACGAGCGACAGGUGUCGUGUGGCGUGCCGCAGGGCUCCUAUACUGGACCCGUGAGUUAUCUGAUGCACGUGAAUAGCCUGUGCGGCGUACUGCGGCACUGCUCAGCGCACAUGUUCGCCGACGACCUAUGCAUAUUGCGCGCAGGCAAUGCGAGCGAGCUGCCCGACACCUGCCGCUUGGUACAACAAGACGUCAAUGCUGUAGUUCGUUGGUCGCAUGAUAAUGGUAUUGUGCUUAAUGCUGAGAAAACCAAGCUAUUAUUAAUUCGAUCUCCCUACUUAAAAAUGCCUAACCCGUCAAAUCCUAUUACAACCCAUGAUUUUUCUUGUAUGCAUAAUAACUUAUUAGACUGCCACUGUAACCCCAUCUCACGUGUUAACUGUGUAACGUAUUUAGGUCUCAAAGUAGACGAACACUUUUCUUGGACGCACCAUGUAGAUUUUAUUUAUAACAAACUCAGAGUUUUAUUAGGAAAAUUUUAUUAUCUAAGAUUUAAAGUUCCUUUGCAUAUCCUAAAGUAUUUAUAUGUAUCAUUAGUUGAAUCUAUAAUUGGUUAUGCUCUUGACUGUUACGGAUUGACAACUAAAACUAACUUAAACAAAUUAGAAAGUAUGCAAGUAAGAUUCCUAAAACUGUUAGUUAGUAAUAAAACUAAAGAUAAAAAUAAAAAAGAUUAUAGAAAUUUGUUCAAAAUUUGUAACAUUCUUCCGGUAAGCCUUAAGCAUAAAUAUUUAAUAGUGUUUAAUAAUCAUGGCAGUCGAGAGCACACCCAGUUACACCGUAACGAUGUUUGUGGAACCAGGUCGGUGUCUGCGGGCAAGUUUGUCGUACCGAGGGUCUCUAAUUAUUACGGCGAUAGGUGCCUCCAUAAACGCCUACCCUAUAUAUUUAACAGCCUGCCCUCUGACAUCAGACAGGAAGACAAUAAAGUUAAGUUUGGUAAAAAGCUGCGUAGUUACCUUGUAAACUGCAUAAAAUAAUUAUUGAGCAUAUAGAAACGAAUCUCAUUGUAAUAUAAAUAUAAAUAUAAGAGAGUAGAGACUGCACGAUCCCACAAUCAAACCGUGUAAACUGUUUUGUGGGACUCCGUACCUGUUUGAGAUGUAUGAUUUUAUGUUAAUAAUAAAUAAAUAAAUAAUAAAUAAAUGAGACUAUUCAA